CCAAGAUUUUGCUUAAUUACCCACAAAAAUGAAAAAAGACUCUUUUUUGCUUGAUCUCUCUCGCUCAAUUGUUGCUCCCACGUGCUAUUUUGGUCUCCCCCGGCCCCCUCUCCCUCUGUCGCGGUUCACUCAACAAAUUCUCUACUAAGUUUCUUCUUCCACUGCUCCUCCGUCGUCUUCCUCCUCUGCCCUGAAGCUCUGUAGGGAGAGAAAAUUGCUUUAGGAGAGAGAGAGAUGCAAUGAAAGGGAAGGGGGAAAUGGUGUUGAAAUCGAGGAUGAAAUGGGUGGGUUUGGUGGGUCUUGUUCUUUCAGCUUUCUCCCUCUUCACCCACUUCUUUCUGACUAGAUUCACGCAAGAGGGCAUUUCUGAGUUCCAAUCCUCUGUUACAAUCUUCUCAUGGAGGCCUGUGUUUGAACAUGCAGACUUUUCCCCAACUAGUCCUUUGUUUAGACGCCUUUGGGGCCCAGUUAGGCGGCUGGAGUCCUUGCAUCCUGAUGCAAAUCCUAGACAACACUAUUCUGCAGAUCCCUCAUUACAAUCAAAUGGAUUUAUCUUUGUCCGGAUACAGGGUGGAUUCCAUGAUAUCAGGAAUUCGAUAUGUGAUGUUGUUGUUGUUGCCCGGCUACUUAAUGCUACCUUAGUAAUUCCCGAGAUUCAAUCAACCACAAGCAGCAAAGGAAUCAGCUCCCAGUUCAAGAGUUUUGCUUACCUCUAUAAUGAGGAUCAGUUCAUUGCAGCCUUGACUCGAGAUGUUAAAAUCGUGAAGACACUUCCAAGAAAUCUGAAUGGUGCUCGGAGGAAAAAGGAGAUUCCGCGAUUUAAAGCCCCUUACUUAGCAUCUCCAUAUUUUUAUCGGCACCAUGUUCUUCCUGUUCUAAAGAAGCACUCGGUGGUCGAGCUAGUCAUCCCUGAUGGUGGAUGCUUGCAGGCUAUCCUUCCUCCUGAUCUUGAAGAGUAUCAAAGAUUGAGAUGUAGAGUUGCUUUUCAUGCUCUUAGAUUCAGAGUGGAAGUUCAGGAUCUUGCCACCAAAAUUCUGCAUAGAUUACGAGCUCCAGGCAGGCCUUUUAUAGCCUACUAUCCGGGAAUGACCCGAGAGGCCUUAGCAUAUUAUGGUUGUGCCGAACUGUUUCAGGAUGUACAUAAUGAGCUCAUUCAGCACAAAAGAUUAUGGAUGCGAAGGCGUGGGAUCGUCAAGGGGAAGCUUUCGGUGAAUUCUGAGGAACAACGACUUAAUGGUUCUUGUCCACUAAUGCCAGAAGAGGUUGGAAUUCUUCUCCGUGCUCAUGGAUAUUCGUGGGACACCAUUAUAUACGUCUCAGGCGGAGAAGUUUUUGGUGGACAAAGAACCUUGACUCCUCUCCAUGCUAUUUUUGAGAAUGUUGUUGAUAGGACUUCCCUCAGCACCCCAUGGGAACUUAAUCGGCUUUAUGGUCGUGAGAUUAAUGUCAAUAGCAACUAUCCAAGGUCUCCACCUUCCAUUUUGAAGGAUUCAAAGCCCAAUGCAUGGAAGACCGAUGGUCCACGUCCUCGCCCGUUGCCACCACCGCCAGCAAGGCCAAAGUAUCCACAUAACAUCGAAGGUUGGUGGGGUUGGGUGGCUGAGAGUGACAAUGAGCCUGAAAGUACCGUGAUGGAGUUGAGAACCAAUGCCCAUAAAUUGCUUUGGGAAGCAAUAGACUAUCUGGUAUCUGUUGAAGCUGAUGUUUUUAUCCCUGGGUUCGAUCGCGAUGGCAAGGGGCAUCCAAAUUUUGCGAGCUUGGUGAUGGGCCACAGGCUUUAUCAGUCAGCUUCCCUCAAAACAUACCGGCCUGACAGAAGAGAAGUGGCAGCUCUCUUAGCAGAAACCAGAGACCACCUAUAUCACGCAAACUAUACGUGGCUGAGAUCAAUUCGUCGACAUCUGAGAAAGUCCGUACUCAACAGCCUGAUGGAAGCAUCGACAAGAUCAAGGUCAUUAUCUUUUCUAUCUCAUCCAGUCCCUGAAUGUUCUUGCUCAAGACAGGACUCAGACCGUGCUUCAAGUCCUUCGACGAUGACAACGACAACUCAAUUGCAAGCUCAGGCUGGUGGUCUAGGAGUUGUGCACCGUUGUCCUGCUUGGAUGCGAAGUGAGUUGCGAUCGAAAGAUAAGCAAAGUGAAGACGAUAGCGACGAAGAUGAGCCAACAUCGGAAUCGUUUUUUGGGUACAGUAGUGAAAACCGGGUAGAGGGAAGUGGAGAGUUGAACAGUAAGGAAGCUAUUUUGCUGAAUGAUCAAGAGGAACUUGAUGGAGGAGAGAGAUAACAAGAAACUGAAUUACUUGAAAUUGGUAGCAACAAUUUUGUAAUGCUCAUAGUGAUCAAAUUGCCUGCAAAAAUGGUUGACAAGUUUAAUGAUUAUGCAACAGCUAGGCCAUUCUUUGGAUAAGUAGCAGGUUCUUUAACUGGUUACUAGGCUACUAGGAUUCUAGAGCACUGGGUUCAGCUUCCUUUUUUUGAAUGUUCUGAUCCAUUAGCUCUGGUUUUAAGGUUUUUUUUUUUCUUUUCCUUUUGAGUUCAUGAAUGUCGGGGUGGGGAUUCGUAACUUCGGUCUUAAGGGGAGGUAUAGAUGUCUUAACUUUCGACCUCUGGUUUGAAGCUUCGUUUCGUACAUUUCAUGUAAAUUUUCUGGUGCUUGUUUUGAAAGAAAAUCUUAGGCUUGUAAAAUGAUUCUGGUUAAAUUU